UUUUUUUUUAAGCCAUAUCUCCUUUCUGAUUGGACAACGUGAGUUCUGCGUCACGACAGCGUGCUCUCUGGUUGGCUGCAUUGAAUCGGCGGGGGGAAGAGUCUCUGCUUCAAAUAUGAAAACAUCAAAUCUCUCAUUCAGGAAGUUUCUUUGAGGAGGCAGCUGCUGAUUUGACGUUAAAGAAACAAUAAAGUAGAUUUUAAUUUGUAUGAAAACAUGAACACGGAGGGCUGUAAGGGUGACGCGGAGGUGUCGGAGGUUUCUGACAGGCUGGAGAAAUCUUUGUGUAUGGAGGACCAGAUGGAAACAUACAGCAGGUUGAUUUCAGACGGCAAAGCUGUUGCCAAACAAGGAGACAUUCAGCAAGCUCUGAAGCUGUUCAAACAGGCGUUCAGCAUUCACCAAACUCCCAAACUGGAGAGCAGAAUAAAGAAGAUCGAAGAACUCCUGGCCGAGAAUGACUUGGAGGAUGAAGACGACGAGUUUGUCAAUGUGAACAACAGCGGCUUAAUGCUGUUUAAAGAGCUGCAUGACAGGCUGUACGACUAUCAGAGAGUCGGAGUUUCCUUCCUGUACGGCCUCUACAGGGACGGCCGAAGAGGAGGAGUUCUGGCGGACGACAUGGGACUCGGGAAGACCAUCCAGAUCAUCUCCUUCCUCUCUGGCAUGUACGACAACGACCUGAUAAAACACACUCUGCUGGUCAUGCCAACCUCUCUCAUCACAAACUGGGUCAAGGAGUUCAGCAAAUGGACUCCAGGAAUGAGGGUGAAGGAUUUCCACGGUGCCAGUAAAGCAGAGAGGACCAGGAGUUUGGAGAAAGUUCAGAGGCGAGGAGGAGUGAUCAUCACCACCUACACCAUGCUGAUGAACAACUGGCAGCAGCUGGCCUCAUUUCAGGGAAAGGAGUUCUGCUGGGACUACAUGAUCCUGGAUGAAGCACACAAGAUUAAAAACUCUUCCACCAAAACAGCCAAAAGUGCCUACGCCAUUCCCUCCAAGAACAGGAUUCUCCUGACGGGAACGCCGGUCCAGAACAACCUCAGGGAAAUGUGGACCCUCUUUGACUUUGCCUGUCAGGGAACUCUCCUGGGAACAGCCAAGACUUUCAAAACAGAGUAUGAGAACCCCAUCACCCGCGCCAGGGAGAAGGAUGCUACUCCUGGGGAAAAAGCUCUCGGCUCCAGGAUGUCCGAGAACCUCAUGACUCUGAUCAAGCCCUACUUCCUUCGUAGAACAAAAUCAGAAGUGCAAAAGAAGAAGACUGGUGGAAAAGAGGCAAACUCAGAACCUGGUAACCACCAAAACCCUCAGCCAACCUCUGGGGCAGUCAUGCCCAAGCUCACUCGAAAGAAUGACCUGAUCGUCUGGACUUACCUGAGUGCCAUUCAGGAGGACAUUUACAGACAGUUCAUCAGUUUGGACCACAUCAAGGAGCUGCUGAUGACCACCAAAUCACCUCUGGCUGAAUUAAACAUCCUGAAGAAGUUGUGUGACCAUCCCAGACUGUUGUCUGCCAAUGCUACUGCACAGUUAGGGCUGGAUCAAAAUCCUGAAGGGGAAAACGAUGAGACUGAUGUUAAGAGUAUCGCAAACGUUUCAGAUGAAACUUUAAUAUCAGAAUCUGGAAAGCUUGUCUUUCUUUUGGCUCUUCUAGAGCGUCUGAGAGAGGAAGGCCACCGAACGCUGGUCUUUGCUCACUACAGGACAGUCCUCGACAUCCUCCAACGGAUCCUUGGCAACAGAGGGUUCAAACUGCUGAGACUGGAUGGAACCAUCACGCAGAUCACAGAACGAGAAAAACUGAUCUCUCGGUUUCAAACAGACAAACGUUACUCCGUGUUUCUCCUCACCACUCAGGUUGGAGGAGUGGGCAUCACCCUGACAGCAGCAAACAGAGUAGUCAUCUACGAUCCGAGCUGGAACCCUGCUACAGACGCUCAGGCUGUCGACAGAGCGUACCGCAUUGGCCAGACAGAAAACGUAGUGAUCUACAGACUGAUAACCUGUGGAACGGUGGAGGAGAAGAUCUACAGGCGGCAGGUUUUCAAAGACUCCCUGAUCCGGCAGAACACCGGAGACACAAAGAACCCGUUCAGGUACUUCAGCAGACAAGAACUGAAGGAGCUCUUCACCCUGGAGGACCCAAGGUCUUCCAGCACCCAACUUCAGCUGCAGGAUCUGCACUCCAGACAACGACGGACUGACCCAGCUCUAGAUGAGCACAUCGCUCAACUGCAUGCUAUGCACAUGUUUGGGAUUUCAGACCACGACCUCAUGUUUUCUCUUGAUGUGAACCAUGAUGAGGACCCUGAAGACCAGGAGGCAUGCCACUACAUCGAAGGGCGGGUCCAGAAGGCUCAGGAGCUGAUGAAGGCAGAGUCUGAGCUGCAGAUGCAGCUGGCGGCGAGCAUGGCGUCCAGCACAGAACCAGCCUGGCUGAGACAGACGCCGGACAACACCAGGCGCCGGUCCAACGAGAAGAAACCAAGGAACCCAAUGCCAGGACUUCCUCUUCCACUUCCUGACCCCAAAGUGUCUCUGGAGGUGGUGGAUAUGGACCGGUCCGGUUCUGGAGGAAAGCAACCCCAUAAGGAGUCCAGCAAUGAAGUCAUUGAUCUGUCUGGAGAUGCUUCUGCAGAACCAAUAGGCAGCUCUUCUGGACCGGACGCCAGUCUGAUUGAGAUGACGGCAGACGAGAAGCCCGUCAGGCCGACCAGAACCUCUGAGACCGACCAGCAGAACCACAGCGACUCGGACCUUCAGCAGUAUGACGCCUCCAGACUGAGUGCCGGGCUCGAGUCUUCUCACGGAAACUUCAACCUGGAGCUGGAGGACAGCGACGAAGACGAGGGUCUGGACGCUGCCGACACCGAGGAAGAGGAGCAGAAACUUCUGACUGAGCUUCAGCUCAACGGCAGCUUCAGCGUCCAAAAGUCCCUGACGGAGAGUCUCUGUAGACGGACCGGCGUCUCGGAUCUGGACCAGUCCGCCAACGGGACCGCCAACGAGUCCGCCAACGAGUCCGCCAACGAGUCCAUCGUGGGCACCAAGAGGAAGAGGGCAGCAGUGAUUUAUGACAGUGAUGAAGAGGAGCAGCAGCUCAUCGGCUCCUUCCAGGUGCUCGGAUCGUCCACACCCAAAAUGUCUCCACCCAGGUCCAGACGGAGCGUCACAGGAAACACGUCUGUGGUCUCCAAUCGCUCCCGGCUCCAGCUUGUCAUCCAGGACUCAGACGAGAACGAGAGCGAUGAAGAGGAAGCAGAGAAGGUGCUGGGGAUGAACUCUGAGCAGGAAGAGACGGCUGGAGAGACUCUGCAUACAGAGGAAGAGGAUGAUGAUGAUGAAGAGGAAGAGGCGUCGGAUCAGUUCUCUUCAGCGGGCGGCGACAGCAUGGCGGGUUCUGCUCAAGAUGAGCCUCGGCCGGAGGAGGAGCGGAGUUGCCAUGGUAACGGAGCAUCGCCCGAGCGCCUGAGCCUGGAGGAGUCGAGCAUCGAGGCAGAACUGGCCUCCGGCGAGCAGAUGGACCGCUGCGCCGCGUCUGGCGCCAACCCGGACAGCUACGAGUCUCUGGUCCGCAGCGGGAAGGAGAGGAUCAGCCAGAACCGACCCGACGACGCGCUGGACUUCUUCCUCAGAGCCAUCGACCUCCGACCUGGCGACCCUGAGGUCCAGCUCAUCACCAUCCAGCUGUACCGGCAGCUCAGCCACAGGCGGUAGCAGCAGAACCGCCCAGCGACCCGGAACCAGCCGGAAGCCGGCUGGUUCCGGUAGAUGGACUCUGAUCGGCCUCUCAUGCCCCAGGGGUCGGAUGUUUCUCUCCGGUUCUGGUGUUAGAAACGAUCCUGGACAUUUUCUUCUGUCAUCAUGAGAAAUCUCUGCAAGCUGAAAUCGUUUCUACCGAACAGAAAACAGUUUUACGGUUUAAAUGUAAAAACAUUAAAUAAAGUUGUGACUAAACAAAA